GAAGACGACGAUUUCGACGUCGACAGCAGUAAAGAAGAACAGUAAGAUGGAGGUUUUAAUGAAUUAUUUAAACAGAAAAUCAGAAGGCGCGUUAUUUUUAGAUAAGUUACCACCGGAAGUAUUGACGAAAAUCUUCAGUUUUAUUCGCGAUAAAAACGAGCUUCUGCGACUAGCGAGUGUGUGUCGGACUUGGCGGGAUUUGAUCCACACCGCACCGCAGCUGUGGCGCAACAUCCGUCUUAAGCUGUGCUGCGACUGCGAGUGUGUGCACCGGAAGCGAGCCCUGUCGUGCGUCCAGCGGUUCGGGUGCCACUUCCGGGAUUUGUCGCUCUCCUGUGUACAUCACAAUAACCACGUGUCCUGCAAAUUCAUGGCGAUGGACUUCCGGAAAGUUUUGCUCGGCUUGCAUCAGACCACUCUGACGUCAUUGAAGAUAACUGACCUGGGGUUAUCGGGUGCGAAGUUAAGCACCGUGUCUGGAAUUGCUCAUGUUCUGACGCGCAUGCUGUCCAGUCUGAAUUGCCUGAAGUCCUUCCAAAUGUCGUCUGCGCAAUGGCCGCUCGACGAAGGCAUCAAGGUCAUCGACACCGUCUUGACCGUGUCCAGAAAAACUUUAAAGUCGCUGUUCAUCGACGGUUUUUUUGAGCCGACCUCGUUGGCAGAUCGACCGGCCGAGUUUGACCAAGUGACCAACGGCAUCUUGUCCCUCCACCGUUUGACCAAACUGUCCAUUGACUACGGUCUUCUGACCAGCGCUUUUGUGAGUGCGAUGUCUGAAUCCCACGCUGGGCAGCUGACGACUUUACAGUUGGUUAUAAGUGGGAUCAUGGACCGCUACUUGCCUAAGGUCUCUCACAAGGCCUGGUUGAGCCUGACUAAAGCUUGCCCGACACUGAAAGUGGCGUUUAACGUGGAUAUCUGGAUUCUAGACCCUUCACAUUCUGACCUGGAUAUAUUGGACCCCGCCUUGCCUAUCUAUAAGCUGCGACUGCUGAAUGGAGAAAUGUACUUGAUAUUGACUUGGCAAGCGUACAUGAUAUUUUAUGUCCUGCGGUAUAUUAUGAACAACUUCAGUAACACACUGGAACAGUUUUCCGGAGACUUGAGUGACACAGAUGAAACCAUUGAUGCGGACUUUCUUCAAUUUGUAAAGAAAUGUCAACGUCUACACUACAUAAAGGUCUCUGCGAAUUUCUACGAGCCGGACACGGUAAAGACUGUCAAGAAACUGGUACAAGAAAGACGGCGCCGGUACGACAAGAGGAAGACCCUGGAGGUGCCAGAGAAACGUGCCAAGACAACUCCAGCAUAGCCUGACAUAGCCGACUCGGCAACGGAGAAAGUUAAUCAAUUUUUUAAUUUUUUUUUAAUUAGAGCGUGGACCAUUUUUAUGACCAUAAUUAUCAACACAACUUAGACGCUUGAACCUAAUCGUUUCCGUCAGUAUAUAAUUUAAAUCUCUGCAAGUCUACAAUUGUCUGGUCUGUGCUUGUAAGACCGUUACAUUAAGACAAGUUAAAAAAAUAACUAAUUUUUUAUUGAUAUAACUUACGACUACGACGACUUAUAUUUGAUACGUUUCUUAUUAUUUUAUUUUUGAUACUUAUCUUAAAGGUUUUACAAAUAAUCUACACCGUAUAUUAUGACGUAUAA